AUGAGAACAGCAGAGGAUUCGUCUGGAACAGUUCUUCAUCGUCUUAUCCAGGAGCAGCUGAGAUAUGGAAAUUUGAGUGAAAAUCGUACCUUGUUAGCAAUUCAGCAACAGGCCUUACGGGCUGGAGGGGGCAGCGGAAGCCCCAGAUCAUCCCUGGAAAGCCUUGAACAGGAGGAGAUGCAGGGUAGCCCUUCUACAAGACAGGAGCCUCAAGGGCAGGAACACCAUUGUGACCAUAUUUACCUGGAGAAUCCUAUGUAUAAAGCUCAUGAGUACCACCAUAAAGGUGAGGAGCUUCCAACCUAUGAAGAAGCCAAAGCUGCCUUGUCUCAAUACUAUGCAGCUCAAAAUAUCCAGAAGGUAGAACAUGCUCCUCUACGCCAAGAUCAGUCACUCAUGGAGCUGAAGCAUGGCCAUGUUAGGUCUUUGAGUGAAAGGUUGUUGCAAAUGUCUCUAGAACGCAAUGGUGCUAAACCGCAAAACCUUAUGACAUCCUCUCAUAGCUUUCCCCAGCUUCCAAGGCAGUACCAGCUUUCAGUAGCUCGUGGACAACAGGAAGAAGGAAUGCAGUAUAGGAAUGCUCCUCCUGAUUACCCAAGUUACAACCAACCUGACCCUAAUCUCAGUGGUUAUGUUUCAGAGCAGAGACGCUAUUCAGGAGACCUCCCUCUGUACCAUCAGCAUGAAAUCAGGCCGAUGCCAGAUCCAAAUCUACACUAUGGGCAGAUGGCACCUUUUAAUGCAGCAGGUACACACAUGGCACGAAUGGAUGCUCUACUGCGAGAGAAUGAAAAGUUACGCCGGGAGCUUGAGAGUUACAGCGAGAAAGCAGUGAGGAUCCAGAAGCUGGAAACUGAAAUUCAGCGAAUUUCUGAAGCUUAUGAAAAUCUCAUGAAAGCUUCCUCGAAGCGGGAGUCCCUUGAGAAUGCCAUGAGGACCAAGAUGGAAGGAGAGAUGAGGCGCAUGCAGGACUUCAACCGUGACCUAAGAGAACGGCUGGAAACUGCAAACAGACAGUUAGCUGCCCGGAAUGUGGAGCAGAGGGAAGACAGUCAAGGAACAGUGUCCAAACUGCUUGCUCAGUGCCGUGAACAGCAGCUAGAGAAAGAGAAGCUAGAGAGAGAGAUUUUCCUCUUGCGAAGUGCCAAUGAUGACCAGCGCCGAAGGGCAGAGCUUCUGGAAAAGGCUUUGAGUAAUGCCCAGUCCACAGCCGCUCGCACUGAGGAUGAGCUGCGCAAGAAGAGGGCGUAUGUGGAAAAAGUGGAAAGACUACAGCAGGCAUUAAGCCAGCUUCAGGCUGCCUGCGAAAAGAGGGAACAGCUGGAAUUGCGCCUGCGGACGAGAUUGGAGCAGGAGUUGAAAAACCUAAGGGCUCAGCAGAGACAACCAGUGUCACAAAAUGGAAGCCAUUCUCCGGAAGUCUCUGUCCAGGUUCUUUCUGAGCAACUGAGGGAGAAGGAAGAAAGGAUAUUGGCUUUGGAGGCUGACAUGACCAAGUGGGAACAGAAGUAUUUGGAAGAACGCACUAUGCGCCAAUUUGCCAUGGAUGCUGCAGCCACUGCAGCAGCUCAGAGAGACACUACCAUUAUCAACCACUCACCUCGCCAUUCGCCAAACAAUAGCUUCAAUGAGGACCUGUUAAUAGUCAGCCACAGGCACCAAGAAAUGGAGAACAGAAUCAAAGCUCUACAUGCACAGAUACUGGAGAAGGAUGCAGUCAUUAAAGUCUUACAGCAACGUAAACCUCACCAGGGCCCCCUGCGACCUGCUAAGUCAGUGCCUUCCAUAUUCACUCCAUCUGUGCCAAGCCCAAACUUAGCAGCUGUUGAAAGACAAGUGAACAAUACAUCACAAGGAGUACCAGUAUGUAAAUCACCAUCUGCCAACAUGACCACCAUGCCUGUUCACGCCAAACAUGGCAGCAAAGAUGGUAGCACUCAGACAGAGUAUUCAACAGACCCAAUAAGUGUGACAGACUGUAUUCUGGACAGGAAUACCUCGUCUUCACUAGAAACAGUGUCCUCCACUAAAAGCUCCAAUGUUUCUGAAAUGGUUGAGAUCCUUAUCUGA